AUGGACGAUACCCGUAUCGACAGCGAAGUAAUGAACGGGGACUCUCCUGUCGCGCAUGCUUUGAGUAACGUGGAUGUUGCUCCCGACGACGAGGUUACCUGGGCUACAAUUACGGACAUUGCCCUCAAUCACAUCUCACGGGUAACAAUGCCUGCUAUGCAUCCGCAAGAUCUGGAUGGUCUCGCGUGGCCACGCAACUUGCCUCGCGUCGACUCCCCGGCGAAGGGCCCCUCACCUGUGCAUCGCAUCGUGCUCGUCAAUAAAGAUGCGCAUAUACCAACACACGCUCGUCACCCAGCUACAGCACACUACAUCGUGCAAGCUGUAGCAGUUCUCUAUCCCGCUCUCGUACAGCGACCGUCGCAAUCGUAUACGCCGUACUUACGCAAAUGGAGAUGCCCUCAGGCCGGCUGUAGCUACUCCGAAGACCUCGCUUAUCUUUCUCCGGCCGCAGGCGAGUUCGUAUGUCGCAUCGCAGCUUCUGCGCUGGAUUCUACCUUCAUUGCGAACGAACUCGCUUCCGACUUCGCCAUGCUCGUCGACGGGCACUAUCGCGCGCGUCGGGAGUUUGCGAAGCACGUCGUGGACAUCGUAGGCCUACGUCAUUAUGAGUCCCAUCUGCAAGACAUUGGUCUGCGGUGCUUGAUUCGCGGACAGACUCCUGAAGGUUACGUACGUCGCCCGUCCUUUCUGCGUCGUUGA